AUGGAGAACAAUCACCAGGCAUGGAGCAUGCAGCCGGUGGAUAAGAUCCAGUACAUGACGGCCGCGCAGUCGGUGCGCGCCAUGGAAAGCUCGGUGGCAGCCUUGUGCUUUCUCGUGUGGGACAUUUGUCUCACCACCGAUCUCGAGGUGACGCAUAUCUGGCUGACUCCAUGGGCACCCUCGAAGCUACCCUAUCUCUUUACGCGUUAUUAUUCCCUAAUUGCACUCAUCGUUCUGCGCAUCUAUAAGAUGACAUGCCGACAAUGGAUCGUCUUCGAGGGGGUUUCGGCGUUCGUGCUCGAAAUAGCGGUCGAGCUUAUGCUCAUCUUGAGAUUAUAUGCAAUGUAUGUCGGCAGCAAGUAUAUGGUGUGGGUCAUGCUGGUGCCAUUUGCCGUACAAUGCGUUGUCAUGGUCGUAAGUCUCGGCCUCAGCAUCCCGCGCAUCAUGACGAGCGCGGACUGCGUCGAGGCAUUUCUCCCCGUCGAGAUGGUGGUCUAUUGCGCCACGUCCAUCCUAUACGAAACGUUCCUUUUUGGUCUGACGGUCGGCCGGUAUAUCAAGGCCAGGCGCGCUGGGUGGGGGAAUGUUGAGCUGUUGAAGGUGCUCUUUCGCGACGGCAUGUUAGCAUUUGUAGUAAUUAUCGCCGCAAUGUCCAUCAACACUAUUUUAUUUACUCUCGCGCCCCGGAGUUUGGCUGCAAUAGGGUUUCCGUGGUUAUUGGCGAUAUUGGGCUCAGUGGGUCCGCGCCUUGUGUUGAACGUGCGGGCAGUCAACGACAAACACAUCCCCCCGUCUUCCCUGGAAGACAUGAGUACCUUGCAAUUUGACAUGGUCACCUACCGUGCAUUGGACGCGGUGGAUCCUGAUUCACUAGCUGAAUCUGACGAAGAAAACCAACCUGCGUCCACCUCGUCGCAGAAUGAUCACGAUGAUGCUCCUCAUGAACAAUCGGACGUCUAG